AGGUGGCUCGGUGACGUAAUGCAGGUUGAUUGGCAUUCCGGACACAGACACCCGGGAUUAGCCUCCCGUCUCGUCAAUCCAGAGGCAGGGGUGGGACGUUGCAAACUCAGAGAAUUGGGUUUGGCUGGCCUGGAUUUAAAGAGACAGAAGCUAUCGGGGACCUACAAGACGGUCCCCAAUACCCACCCCCCUAAGUCCUAGGGACCGUUUGGGUCCCCACACCCUGGGCUAUGGUUUGCGGAGGCUUUGCCUGCUCCAAGAAUGCGCUGUGCGCGCUCAACGUGGUGUACAUGCUUGUGGGCUUGCUGCUGAUCGGAGUGGCCGCCUGGGGUAAGGGCCUGGGGCUGGUGUCCAGCGUCCACAUCAUCGGAGGAGUCAUCGCUGUGGGGGUCUUCCUCCUCCUCAUUGCAGUGGCUGGCCUGGUGGGUGCUGUCAACCACCACCAGGUCCUGCUCUUCUUUUACAUGAUCAUCCUUGGUUUGGUCUUCAUCUUUCAGUUUGGAAUCUCCUGCUCAUGUCUGGCUAUUAACCGAAGCAAACAGACAGAUGUCAUCAACGCUUCGUGGCGGGUCAUGAGCAACAAAACCCGGCAUGAACUGGAAAGAAAUUUGGACUGUUGUGGUUUGUUCAACCUCACGGCUAUAUCCCAAGAUGACGGUUCCUGCGAUGCAGUCUGCAGGCAUAGGAGCACCAUAUGCCCCACGUGUGGGGAGAAACUUCUUAAGCAUUCGGAUGAAGCCCUGAAAAUUCUGGGGGGCGUCGGACUGUUCUUCAGCUUUACAGAGAUCCUUGGUGUCUGGCUAGCAAUGAGAUUUCGGAAUCAGAAGGAUCCUCGGGCCAACCCCAGUGCCUUUCUAUGAGAAAGACCCUCCUGGCUUUGCUCUUGCCUUUUUUUCUGCUGCCCUUUCUGUUUGUGAAAAAGGAAAUGGCAUUUUGCUCCAUUCCUGGAUUCAGAUCGUGUCAGGGCUUGGCAUAUUUCAGUGGCAGCCAACACCACAGAGACUCCUCUCUGUCUUCCAACGUGGAUGCGGGCAGCUCCCCAGACUGCAAGGGACGGGGGCUGGAGUCAUUCCCAGCUGCUUGCCCACUUCACCCUUCCAGGCAGGACCAUCUUGACACUAGCCAAAGUCUGUGGAUCCUUAAAGGGAUGGAGCUGCAGAGAAAAUUGUGAAGAGCUCUCCUAAUAGACAAGACCUGGUUUGAGAAAAUUUCAGUAAACAUACAAAUGAAAGCCAUUUAAAUUCCAGAAUGUCUGUGAGCCAAGGGGCUCUGCAGAGCUGCCCAGACCUUGUGUGACUUGAAGGGGGCUCCAGGGAAGUCCCCUCUCCCUCGUGGCUUCUCCAGUCCCCCAAUGACAAGGCCAAUCAGACAAAGACACAUUAAAAAAUAAGAGCUUU